AUGGAACGAGACGCGACGCGCAACGUGGAGACUUUUCCAAAGGGACGAUGAUAGUUUAGGAGCCUGUUGCGUUUUGACUGCUGGGGUGACUGAAUGUGUGGUAGUGUUUAAAUUCAGUUUGAUGGCUCUGGCUCCAGAUAGACCGAAAAAGUGAAGUCAAAGUCUCGCCGUGAGUGAAUGUAUCGUUAUUUUGACGCAUCCACAGAGGCUGGACUUGGAAUAAAUUCACACUUGCGCGCGCUUUGAAAGGGUUUCCGAAGCCUGUACACAAUUACACCGAGACAGGAGACCAACGACCUCUUGUUGAAGAGGACCGUGAGAAUGAGCGACAAAAACAAAAUGGAAGAUGAAGCUGUGGUGGACAGGGGGGCAUCUUACAUCAAAAACGUGUGUGACGAGGAGGUUGAAGGUCAUCACACAGUCUACAUUGGAGUUCACGUGCCUAAGAGUUACCAGCGCCGGCGACGACACAGACGACGAACAACUCACAAAGACAAGAGAGAACGUGUGACGGAAAGUGUGAGCGACAAAUUGGAAGCUGAGAAUGCAGAUGACUCCGCCUCCUGCAUUCUCAAACCACUCAUUUCCCCGGCAGCAGAGCGGAUUCGCUUCAUGUUGGGAGAGGAUGACAGCGGCCCACCUCCACCGCAGCUCUUCACCGAACUCGAUGAACUUCUUGCCGUUGACGGUCAAGAGAUGGAGUGGAAGGAAACCGCCAGAUGGCUAAAGUUUGAAGAGAAGGUGGAGAAGGGUGGAGAGCGUUGGAGUAAACCUCAUGUGGCAACUCUCUCACUCCACUCGCUUUUCCAGCUGAAGAGCUGCAUAGAAAAAGGAACCAUCAUGCUGGACAUGGAGGCAAACUCUCUUCCUCAGAUCGUUGAUUUAAUCACUGAUGAUCAGAUUGAGUGUGGGCAGCUAAAGCCCGAUUUGAAGGAAAAGGUCGUCUACACUUUGCUACGGAAACAUCGUCACCAGACCAAAAAGUCCAACCUGCGUUCCUUGGCUGACAUCGGCAAAAGUGUGUCCAGUGCGAGCAGAUUGUUCAGUAACCAAGAGAACGUGCGCAGUCCUCUCGAUCACCCUGUGCCUUGCUUUACCACCUUUGAACUUGACGAGCAAAUUCAGAUGCAGAGAAGCAACAGCAUGGGACUUCUCUGCAGCCCAACAACGGCCCAUCGUAACCUGACCUCCAAUAGCCUCAAUGAUCUCUCAGACAAGCCUGAGAAAGACCAGUUGAAUAAUAAAUUCAUGAAGAAAAUACCACGGGAUGCGGAAGCGUCAAACGUGUUGGUCGGCGAGGUGGAUUUCCUGGACGUACCCUUCGUGGCAUUCGUACGUCUUCAGCAGGCGGUGAUGUUGGGAGGCCUCACCGAAGUCCCCGUUCCCACACGGUUCCUUUUUAUUCUGUUGGGACCCAAAGGAAAGGCCAAAUCAUAUCAUGAGAUCGGACGAGCCAUUGCGACGCUCAUGUCUGAUGAGGUUUUUCAUGACAUUGCUUAUAAAGCGAAAGAUCGUGGUGACCUGCUGGCAGGUAUAGAUGAGUUCCUGGAUGAAGUCAUAGUUCUACCUCCUGGAGAAUGGGACCCUGACAUCAGGAUCGAACCUCCAAAAUCUGUCCCAUCUGCUGAUAAACGCAAGAACAUUCUCGCCAGCGGAGGGGAGGGGUUUCAGAUGAACGGUGGACCGCCCCAAGACGGGGAUGCAGGGGGCGGCGGCGGGCAUGAGGUCGGUGAUGAACUCAAAAUGACCGGCAAGUUUUGUGGGGGUCUCGUUCUUGACGUCAAGAGGAAACUCCCAUUUUUUGCGAGUGACUUUUACGAUGCUCUGCACAUUCAGUCUCUCUCUGCAGUCUUGUUUAUUUACCUGGGUACUGUAACUAACGCCAUCACCUUCGGAGGGCUUCUGGGAGAUGCUACUGAGAACAUGCAGGGAGUGUUGGAGAGUUUUGUUGGGACAGCGUUAUCGGGUGCCGUGUUCUGUCUGUUAGCGGGUCAACCUCUCACCAUCCUGAGCAGUACUGGGCCUAUGCUAGUCUUUGAGCGGCUGCUGUUUAACUUCAGCAAGGAUAAUAACUUCGACUAUCUGGAGUUCCGUCUGUGGAUCGGCCUCUGGUCCGGAUUCAUGUGUCUGAUCCUGGUCGCAACCGAUGCCAGUUUCCUGGUGCAAUACUUCACUCGGUUUACAGAAGAAGGGUUUUCUGCGCUCAUCAGCUUCAUCUUCAUCUAUGAUGCCUUUAAGAAAAUGCUCAAACUGGCUCACCAUCAUCCAAUCAAUGCACAAUAUGACUUAGACCUUGUUACUCAGUAUGGAUGCCACUGCAGUCCACCGGACGGUAACAGUUCAGCUGUGUACAUGGAAAAGAUGGAGGCCAUGAUGAACAACAGUGUACAGCAGCAUUUGAACGCGACCUGGAUAUCGUUGACGCGCUCGGAAUGUUUGGAAUGGGGAGGCCGUCUGAUUGGUCCAGCCUGCGACUACGUCCCCGACAUCACACUGAUGUCAUUUAUUCUGUUCCUCGGCACAUACGCCUGCUCCAUGUGUCUGAAGAAGUUCAAAACCAGCAGAUUUUUCCCAACCAGGGUCCGCAAACUAAUCAGUGAUUUCGCCAUUAUUCUAGCCAUUUUGAUCUUCUGUGGGGUGGACGCCCUGGUUGGUGUGGAUACGCCCAAACUACUAGUGCCAAGUGAAUUCAAGCCGACAAAUCCAAACCGUGGUUGGUUUAUCUCACCAUUCGGAGGAAACCCAUGGUGGGUUUACCUGGCAGCCAUUUUACCUGCUCUACUGGUCACCAUCCUCAUCUUCAUGGACCAGCAGAUUACGGCAGUCAUCGUCAACCGCAAGGAGCACAAGUUGAAGAAGGGAGCCGGGUACCAUUUAGACCUGUUCUGGGUCUCGGUUCUCAUCAUUUUGUGCUCGUUCAUGGGGCUGCCCUGGUACGUGGCGGCAACCGUCAUCUCCAUCGCCCACUUAGACUCACUCAAGAUGGAAACUGAGACAUCAGCACCAGGAGAGCAGCCCAAAUUCCUAGGAGUCAGGGAGCAGAGAGUCACAGGAAUAUUUGUGUUCAUUCUGACAGGUCUGUCAGUCUUCAUGGCCCCCGUUCUGAAGUUCAUCCCUAUGCCUGUGCUGUAUGGCGUGUUCCUCUAUAUGGGCGUGGCCUCUCUCAAUGGCGUACAGUUUAUGGAUCGUUUGCAACUGUUGCUGAUGCCAGCAAAACACCAGCCAGAUCUGAUCUACCUGAGAUACGUACCGCUCAGACGAGUUCACCUCUUCACCUUUAUACAGGUGCUCUGUCUAGCUCUCUUAUGGGUGCUGAAGUCUACAGUAGCAGCCAUCAUAUUUCCUGUGAUGAUUCUUGCAUUGGUGGUAGUGAGAAAGGCCAUGGAUUAUGUGUUCUCUCAACACGAUCUCAGUUACCUGGAUGACGUCAUGCCUGAGAAAGACAAGAAGAAGAAGGAGGAUGAGAAGAAGAAGAAGAAGAAGAAGAAAGGAAGCAUAGACAGUGACAUGAAUGACUCAGAUUUUCCAGCUAAUGAGAAAGUUCCCUGCAUAAAGAUUUCCAUGGAGACCAUGGAAAAGGAGCCAAUGCUGGGGGAGAAGCCCUCAGACAGAAGUAAGCCCACGUCCUUCCUCUCUCCGUACUGAUGGAAAGCACUUUUUCCCUUCCAAGACUUUGUCAAGUCAGGAUUUAAACCCUUUUAAGAUGACAGUGCCUCAGAUUAGAAUCGAUUUGGACCCUGACCACAACAAAUUCUUCUGGAAAACACCAGCUUCAGAAACAUCCCUGUAAACACUCAAAAACAACCCAAUGAACUCUGAAAACACUGAUAAACAGUCACUUUUAGGUCCAGAGAAGGAUCAUUUAGCGUUGAAUUAUUCAGCUAAACAACCCUAAAAAAACUUUUCUUGAAAAUGAAUGUUACAACCAAUAGUUGCACAAGCACAAACUCUAUAUCAAAACAUUUUCUAUUUUUAUUUAAAUGGUUUUUUUUUUUUUUUUGGUUUUACUCCACAAAAUGACCUCCUUAGUUUUUGGAAUUACUGUCAAAAAAAGGUAUUUUAGAUUUAGUUAUAGGUUGUGUGUGUCCAGAAAGGUACAAAUCGAAUUGUUUUUUUGUUCUGAUAAAUAUGCAUACUUCUUUUAUAACCAUAAUAUUUUAUUAAACAGAAAACAUAUCAAAAUUUAAAUCAUAAUCAGUCUUAAAAAUGUAGAAUCCAACUGCAUAAAGUGAUUUGUGAUUUGAGUUUUCGUUUGGCCAAAUAACUGCACUUCAUUCAAACGAGCACAUUAGAUCAAAUAUUUU